AUUAUCAAUAAUACCAUUUUGUCCCCAAAAAAGGAGUGGUUAUCGAACAAAAGAGCCCAUCGAACCCUCCAAAGCUUUGGUUUCUUCAUCACCUCUCUCUCUCUCUCUCUCUCUAACCCAUUUUGGUUUCUUCAACAAACACAAAUAACAACAAUAAUCGAAAAACAAAGAGGGCUUUUCAGAGUUAGAUCUAGGGUUCCAAUCGAUUCAAAAACUGGAUUAUUGAUUGGAGAAGUCGAACAUGGAUUCAAAUUCCCAUGGUAAUCUCGACGAGCAGAUUUCUCAGCUCAUGCAGUGCAAACCCUUGUCCGAGCAAGAGGUUAGGGUCUUGUGUGAUAAGGCAAAAGAGAUUUUGAUGGAAGAAAGCAAUGUUCAGCCUGUAAAAAGUCCUGUUACAAUAUGCGGUGAUAUUCACGGGCAAUUCCACGAUCUGGCAGAGCUUUUCCGCAUCGGAGGGAAGUGUCCAGAUACUAAUUACUUGUUUAUGGGAGAUUACGUCGAUCGUGGCUAUUAUUCUGUCGAAACUGUAACGCUUUUGGUCUCCCUUAAAGUGCGUUAUCGUCAGCGUAUCACUAUUUUGAGGGGAAAUCAUGAAAGUCGCCAGAUUACCCAAGUUUAUGGAUUCUAUGACGAGUGCCUACGGAAGUAUGGCAGUGCCAAUGUUUGGAAGAUGUUUACUGAUUUGUUUGACUACUUCCCAUUGACAGCAUUGGUUGAAUCUGAAAUAUUCUGUCUUCAUGGUGGGUUGUCCCCAUCCAUUGAAACCCUUGACAACAUCCGUAAUUUUGAUCGUGUGCAAGAAGUUCCUCAUGAGGGACCCAUGUGUGAUCUUCUAUGGUCUGAUCCGGAUGAUCGCUGUGGUUGGGGUAUCUCUCCUAGAGGUGCUGGAUAUACCUUCGGCCAGGAUAUAUCAGAGCAGUUUAACCAUACCAAUAAUUUGAAGCUGAUUGCCAGAGCUCACCAGCUGGUUAUGGAAGGAUAUAACUGGGGUCAUGAGCAAAAGGUGGUUACCAUAUUCAGUGCUCCUAAUUACUGUUAUCGCUGUGGGAACAUGGCAUCCAUCCUUGAAGUUGAUGACUGCAAAGGACACACAUUCAUUCAGUUUGAGCCAGCACCAAGGAGGGGAGAGCCAGAUGUAACCAGAAGAACCCCUGACUACUUCCUAUGAUACGAUUUUGGUUGAGUUGCUUUUGCCAACAACUUGUGCAGUAAUGUACAAGCUCAUAUACCAGUUGAAACCAGAGCUGUGAAUCAGAUUGAUCCUUAUUUUCUAAGUUAGGCUUCACUGGAUGUGUUAUUUACCUGAAUUAUAAUUGAAUCUUUGCAAGGGAGAAGCUGAGGAGCAGGUGAUGCUUUUGUGGGCAUGUAUACCAUUCCAGCAUGCAAUGUAUCAAUUUGAAUGUUUCUCCAAAUUUUCCUUUAUAACUCUGUUGACUUUCUUUUUUCAUUUUAGGAUUAUCGUUAAUGGGGAUGGGUUUAUGUAGAUGGACAAUGCUUUGACAUAUCUUUUAAUGGGUGUUUUAUGAUUUUUUUUUUAACCA